CUAGCACCUGAAAGAAAAUACAGUUGCAGUGUCAGCCAGACAGGUCUCUCCUAAUCUUAACCACAGCAUUGGCUGGUUACUCCCAUCACAGAUCCCUCAGGAUUGGCUGGGACUGCAAAUAAUACUGUUUGCCCACAAUCAAGUUGAUAAGCUACAACAUAAAUAUAUUCAGGUUCUUGUUCUUAGAAUACAGCCUGAAGCACUUGCUUUCUUCUUUCUUCCUAACAUUUUCACUCGAGUUCCAGAAAGGACACAUUGGCCAAUAGAAGAAAGAAAAGAAAAGAAAAGAAGGAAGGAGAAAAGAAGAAGAAAGAAGGAAAGAAAGAAAGAUAAUUUAAAGAGAGGGAAAAAAGGCUAAAAUGGGUUUGCUGAAUUCAAAAAAUCCCCAAACCAAGCAAGCCCGAAUUCUUCUUUUGGGACUUGACUCAGCUGGGAAGUCUACUCUCCUUUAUAGAUUAAAGCUUGCUGAAGAUGUUGCCACCAGUCCUACAAUAGGUUUCAAUGUGGAGAUGCUCGAAUUGGAAAGGAGUCUUUCGCUCACUGUCUGGGAUGUUGGAGGACAGGAGAAAAUGAGAACUGUUUGGGGCUGGUACUGUGAGAACACUGACGGGCUGGUGUAUGUUGUGGACAGUACAGACAAACAGCGACUGGAAGACUCUCGGAGACAGUUUGAACACAUUUUGAAGAAUGAACACAUUAAAAAUGCGCCUGUUGUUCUAUUAGCCAACAAACAAGAUGUGCCUGGAGCUCUGACUGUGGAGGACAUCACCAGAAUGUUCAACGUGAAGAAGCUCUGCAGUGACCGGAACUGGUAUGUGCAACCCUGCUGUGCCAUCACAGGGGACGGGCUGGCCCAGGGGUUCAGGAAAUUAACUGAAUUUGUGAAAAGCCACAUGAAAUCAAGAGGAGACACGGCAUUCUUCAAGCAGAACUGAGGCUUUGAAAUGUCCAAGUCUCAACAGAGACACUGAUGAAGUUGAAAGGGUAAUUGUUUUUCCAUGCCAAGUGAGGAAAGCAAAUUAUUCAGUUGACCAACUUUUCCUAAGAUGUUUAUUUCACCUAAAUUUAGUUUAAAAACUUAGAAUAAUAUCUAGAAAAUAAUUAUUUUCAUCCAAGAACUUUAGAAAACUGUGGUAAUGAUAACUAGGAAUGAAAAUAUAUAAUGUCCCACAAAUUUUUAUCACGUUGGAUGGCUUUGAAUAUAGUAAGUACCUUUUGUAUCAAAUAAAUUAUUGCAUUAUCAAUUUUAUAUGACUACUAGAACAAAGCUUUAAUAAGCUGUCUGCUAAUAGCCUCAGAAUUCUUCUGGAUUGUUUCCAGCUGUAAUAGGUAUUGUAUUUCCACCAUGCUCCAAUGUUAUUACAUAGGAGGGUGGUGUAACUGGGUGGUGUAAAAAAUGAACUUUAUGGAAAGGAAAAAGUCUGAUGUUAACAUCUUGUAAAUUCUUAUUCCCUAAACCUUUCUUAUUCUCUAAAUAAAGCCUUUCUUCUG